UCGCAAGCGAUUCAGCCAGACGGCCAAUAUAUCCUGUUAGUGACGGACGGACAGUCAAACCCGUACGACACAGAGAAACAAGAUUUGAUCAGUAAACGGAUCACCGUCGACUCUGUUGCCAUAGGUACGGCAGCGGAUCCCAAUCUUGAAGCUCUUUCGACUGACACAGGCGGCUUGAUUUUCUUCUACAGCGAGACUACUGACUCCAACGCUCUCAACCAAGCGCUUCUACAGAUAGGAUCUAGGGGAGCCAGUACAAAAGACCUUCCUGUGCAAGUUCUCAGCGAGAGCGAUCAGGUAUCGGGAACUACUAGGUCCACGAUCUCCUAUACGUUCUUCAUCGAUGCCUCGAUCGGGAAACGUACGGAGAUGUCGAUCACGUACAAUGGCGCCAGCAGUCCGCCCGUCAAGGUCACGCUGAUGCAUCCGAAUGGCAACGUGACGGACGAGGACAGCGUCGACGAAUACUUCGUCGACACCGUGUUUCAAUCAGUCAACAUCAUGCUGGAGGGAAUUGCAGCGGUGGGGAAGUAUGACCUCACCGUCAUUAACACAGUGACAGGCAGCAGAAAGAUUCAGAUAACUGCCACGUCGUACACAGUCGAAGAGGCAUCCUACCCCCAUCGCAGCGGAGCAAAGUGGCGAAGCAACGAAAUAAAACCGCCCGAGAAACAAGCACUCUACGUGGCUGUUACGAAAGGUUACAAUCCUGUUAUCAAUGCUCGCGUCAUUGCCUACAUAGACAGGCCAUCGUCAACUACUGCCUUUGAGCUGGUCGUGUCGGACAAUGGCGCAGGAGCCGAUGUAAAUAAGGACGAUGGAAUAUAUUCUGCAUUUGUGACCGAUUAUACACAAGAUGGCCGAUACAGUGUGUCUGUGACAGUCGAUAAUGAAGGGGUCGACACAACCAUAGCUACGGACAGUUUGGUUGGACGGGGGGCAGCACGCAUCAAAGCUAGUAAGGGACGAGCGGCGCAGGAAUCGACUGGUGACUUUCAGCGUAUCACCAAUGGUGGCACCUUCACGUUAUCGUCGUACGAUGAAAAUACGAACUACUAUCCACCGAAUGACGUCAUGGAUCUUCUCGUGACGAGUAUCGACAAGGUAGCGAAAACAGUAACGUUGGAGUGGACGGCUCCCGGUGCAGAUCUCGACGUUGGAAACGCAUCCAGGUACGACAUCAUCACGAGUGAAAACUUCACAGCGUUGACGCUCGACCCUGAAUCGCAGACGCUGGUUAACGAAUCCGAGGUUAUAGAGGGAGACCUGAACGCUCCUCUACCAUCUGGAUCGCUGGAGCAUUACGUUGUCAAGAUUCUAAUGAAAGAGGAUUCUUCUGCGUCGACGAUCGUAUGGAUAACCUUGAGAGCUCACGACGACAGGGGCGGCGUCAGCGUCAUUUCGAACCUCGUAUCGGCGACCUUCAAAAAUUUUCCUGAGGAGGAGGAGAAGGAGGAGGAUGAGACGAAGUUGGGAAUGAUAUUGGGCAUCACGUUCGGUGUCCUCGCCGCGCUGAUCAUCGCUGCAAUCGUCAUCUACUGCUUGUGCAAGAGCUCUGGGACGUCGCAGGAGGUCACAACCACCAUGGAGAUGAAGCAGGCUGAUGAAGAGAGUCCUGCAUACGACAACCCAAUCUACAAACCAUAGUCAGUAGAAGACACCGCGGAUGAAAGAUAUGACCAGCCAGAAAAGCUGGAGGGUCGACCGAUUCGUCUUUCUUUUUCUCUUUUGUUAUGUGUAUUCAACUAAACGAGUAUAUUAAAUCCAAUCGAAUAAUUUACAAGUUCACGUUACUUAGUGACGUUACGUUUUAAAUAGAUGAGUGAACAUGGGGUGUAUAUUCUGAAAAGGCAAGUAGCAACCGGUUACUAGUAUAAUCGCGUGAGUUAACUAAACAGGCAGGCGGGCAGACAAACGUUACUGGCUGUAAAGCGGAUUGAAAUAUGAGGACCGUUUUCAUUGAAACGGAAACCGUCCAUUUCUACCGGUAGAUGUCGCCUAGAUACGAGUAUUUUUCACGCGCUACAAUCGAAAGCUCUAAACUAGAAGAGGAAAAGAUAGCUGAACGACGCUUUACACGUAACAUUUAAUUUUUUUUAAACGCCAUUUCAAAAGAGCACUCCACAGCAGGAGCUAAAAGCUGCUGGCGAUUUUUACCGUUGUUUGCUUAUGUCCAGCUAACGAACGAAAUCAGGGACGGUACUGGUGGCAAUAAGCGUGCCUGGGAAGCCAGCAGUAUUAUAUAGGAAAUAAACUGUCGAUCGAGGUACCAGGUGUGAUGAAUGCAGCGUAGUUAUUUAUGGCUCGAAACUAAAUGAUCCGUUUAUCACAC